AUGGUGUCAGGUCAGCCGAUCGAGCCGUCGGAAAUGCCAGACAUUACACCAGGGUUCAAUACUGAAAACUGUAAAGCCAAAGUAAUAGAUUUCUGUGUUACGGUCUUGAAAAUUCCGGAGGCAAAAAGAGGUGUACGUAAGUACUCCCAGCUAGGAAAAAUAGCCGUGUUAGGCGAUGUAAAUGCUAGAUGUGGCAAUAAGUCUGACUUUGUUCAAAGAAGUUCACAUUAUGAUAAAUUUAUUCCAGUAAUUGAUAAAAACUGUGACAGUGAUGGUAUUAGUUUUGAUAAUAUCCCUCAUAGAUUCUCUAUGGACCCGAUAGUUAAUACAUCAGGAGGUGGACUAUCUGGUGUAGGAGUAUGGAUGAUGACAGAUCCGAAAAUCGAGACGUAUUUCGACAUCUUGAAUGUGGAUCAGUCAAGUUCAAGCUUCAAAAUGAUCUGCUACGCCCUGUUAGCUGUGGGAGUUUUUGCUCUUCUCGUAGCUUUCUUAGGUUGCUGUGGUGCAGUACAGAAAAGCAAAUGUUUGUUAACUUUGUUCCUUAUACUGGUUGGUGUAAUCACUGUGAUGGAAGCUGGACUCGGUGUAAUGGUAGUUGUCAGCAAGGACAGUGCUUCAGCGAUACCCGUGCUCUCGGCUCUCAUGUCAGACAUGCAGGACAAGCUAAGAACACAGUUGAAACAAUCAGUAACGGAACAUUAUCUCCCAGAUACGUUGCUAGGGACAACCUGGGACAACGUUCAAAUUGAGUUAGAAUGCUGUGGUGCUACUGGACCUGAGGACUACAGGUACAGUCGCUGGAAGAAUGAAACAAGACCAGAGACUGAUUAUCCCGACACGUGUUGUGUGUUAAUGUCAAAGGAAGCCGCGGUACCAGAACCUUCUAAUAAGCUCCUAUGUCAUUUUGGUACGGCCGGAUUCUACUUUGAAACGGGUUGCUAUGAUAAAAUGAUUGGUUGGUUUCAAGACAACAGCAUGUAUAUAAUCGCCUCAGCCGGUGCUGUGUUUGUUAUUGAGGUUGUUGGCUUUGUAUCGGCAUUUAUCAUUUGUAAAAAUGGAAUAAAGAAGAAAUCAGAAGAAUCCAAGCAGCAGUCAGCCAAGCCGGCAGAACGGUGA